UCAGCUCCUGUAGCUCCCACCCUCUCACCAUUGCAGUACAGCUCCUGACACACCACACAAGGCCACAGCCCACAGGCUCUCCCUCCCCUCUCUGAGCAUGCUUGGAUUCCUGACAGUGCAAGCAAAGCAAGCACCAGGAGCUAGUAGCUCUAGUAGUAUUUCUCUUGCUGCCUCCUCUCAUUUCAUCUUGUUUAUUACACACCCUACUACAUCAGAGGCAACAAGCCUUCCUCCCAUUGGCCAUCUCUAGCUCACAGCCUACCAUCUCUAACCCUUGACAUUUUCCUCUAUUUUCCCUACCACUUUGCAGUAGUAGUUUGUAGUAGGCAGCAAGGUUGGUUUCUUGUAGCAAUGGAGGCCAAGGCUUGAGAAGGCAUGAGCUUGCUCCCUCUUUGCCCAACUGAUUAGCCCCUUGGCAGUCACUACAAGAUUUGCAGCGGAGCAGGAGCUAGCUGAGGCGGAGGAAGGGAGCAAAGCAUGGAUCUUUCCGGGGCGCAGGGGGAGCUGCCGGUGCCGUUGGCAAUGCACGGCGGCGGUGGGGGCUCGCCGUACCUGGGCCUGCACCACGGGCACCACGAGCACCCGCAGCAUCACAGCCACGGCGCGAACGGGCGGCACAUGUCGCCGCCGGAGGUGGUGGUGCCGGAGGAGGCGAAGAACCGGCAGCUGGCGGUGGUGCCCGUCGGCGCGGGAGGCGGCGGGGCUGGGGUGAGGUACCGCGAGUGCCUGAAGAACCACGCGGCGGCCAUCGGCGGGAGCGCGACGGACGGGUGCGGCGAGUUCAUGCCGGCGGGGGAGGAGGGCUCGCUGGACGCGCUCAGGUGCUCGGCGUGCGGGUGCCACCGCAACUUCCACCGGAAGGAGCCGCCGGGCGGCGACGCGCGGCAGCUGCACGGGCACCACCACCACCACCACCACCACCCGCUGAGCCCGCUGGCGGCGGCGCACCACCACCACCACCGGGGCCUCCUGGUGGCGGCGCUGCCCCCGGCGCCGACGCGCAUGGUGAUGCCGCUGAGCGCCAUGCAGCAGCAGGCGAACCACAGCGCGGCGUCGGCAGACUCCGACGACGCGCGCGCGCCGGGGCAGCAGCAGCAGGGGCCGCCGCCGGCGCGGAAGCGGUUCCGCACCAAGUUCACGGCGGAGCAGAAGGCCCGCAUGCUGGGGUUCGCGGAGGAGGCCGGGUGGCGGCUGCAGAAGCUGGACGACGCGGCGGUGCAGCGCUUCUGCCAGGAGGUGGGCGUGAAGCGGCGCGUGCUCAAGGUGUGGAUGCACAACAACAAGCACACCCUGGCGCGGCGCGGGCUGCCGGACGGCGACCCGGAGCAGCAGCUCGGCGGCAUGCCGCUGCCGGAGCCAGGAGCCCGGGCGGAGCCCCAGCCGGAGCCCGCCGCCGCCGCCGCAGCAGCUCCGGCUGGAGUAACCGACCAACCAACCCAACAUCACAACAACAACAACAUUGAUCAAGAUGGCGAUGCUGAAUUGCUGACGAUCAUCGCCUCAGUCUAGCUCUGGUUAAUCUUAGCUUAAUUAGCUGCAUUGGCUUCUUUCCACUGUUCCAUCCUUCCGUCGACCGAACUGAUGCUGAACAACUUCCAUGGAUUUGUUUUCUCCUUGCUUGAUUGAUUUCUGUAGCUCCUCUUUCUUCUUCUUCCUUUGUUUCUAAUCGAUGUCUGUCCCUAACUUGCUGUCUAGUGUGCUUUGCUCGAGCGACUGAUGUGGGAGGGUGAGACUGAAGAUCACUUCACUUGUUAACUACUCUCUGAAGCUCAUGUGGUGUGCUUGUGCCUUUCACUAUUCCA